GUCUCCUUCUCCAUCAACGUCUCUUCUUUUCCCCUUUCCCAUACACACACCGUAAUCCACAGCCAUGGAGGAAGAAGUUGCUGCUCUCGUCAUUGACAAUGGUUCGGGUAUGUGCAAGGCCGGUUUCGCCGGUGAUGAUGCUCCCCGAGCUGUUUUCCCUUCCAUUGUCGGUCGCCCCCGUCACCAUGGUAUCAUGAUCGGUAUGGGUCAGAAGGACUCUUACGUUGGUGAUGAGGCUCAGUCCAAGCGUGGUAUCCUCACACUGCGAUACCCCAUCGAGCACGGUGUUGUUACCAACUGGGACGACAUGGAGAAGAUUUGGCACCACACCUUCUACAACGAGCUGCGUGUCGCCCCCGAGGAGCACCCCGUCCUGCUCACCGAGGCUCCCAUCAACCCCAAGUCCAACCGUGAGAAGAUGACCCAGAUUGUCUUCGAGACCUUCAACGCCCCCGCUUUCUACGUCUCUAUCCAGGCCGUUCUGUCCCUGUACGCCUCCGGUCGUACCACCGGUAUCGUUCUGGACUCUGGUGAUGGUGUCACUCACGUUGUCCCCAUUUACGAGGGUUUCGCCCUUCCCCACGCCAUUGCCCGUGUCGACAUGGCUGGUCGUGAUCUUACCGACUACCUCAUGAAGAUUCUUGCUGAGCGCGGUUACACCUUCUCCACCACUGCCGAGCGAGAAAUCGUCCGUGACAUCAAGGAGAAGCUCUGCUACGUCGCCCUUGACUUCGAGCAGGAGAUCCAGACUGCUGCCCAGAGCUCCAGCUUGGAGAAGUCUUACGAGCUUCCUGACGGUCAGGUUAUCACCAUUGGUAACGAGCGAUUCCGUGCUCCUGAGGCUCUCUUCCAGCCUUCUGUCCUUGGUCUUGAGAGCGGUGGUAUCCACGUCACCACUUUCAACUCCAUCAUGAAGUGUGAUGUCGAUGUCCGAAAGGAUCUCUACGGAAACAUUGUCAUGUCUGGUGGUACCACCAUGUACCCCGGUCUCUCCGACCGUAUGCAGAAGGAGAUCACUGCUCUUGCUCCUUCUUCCAUGAAGGUCAAGAUCAUUGCUCCUCCCGAGCGAAAGUACUCCGUCUGGAUCGGUGGUUCCAUUCUCGCUUCCCUGUCCACCUUCCAGCAAAUGUGGAUCUCCAAGCAGGAGUACGACGAGAGCGGUCCUUCAAUCGUUCACCGCAAGUGCUUCUAAGCUACCCGACCGACAAAUUAAAUCCUCCCACUCGCCUAACGACAAGAUCAUGGAGGUGGCGACAGACGCUAAGCUUUGGGUGGUUGGCCAACGUCAAUGUCGAAUCUCGUAUCUACGAAAAGUUUUUGACAUGGUCGAAAGAGUGGGCGUUGCGCUUGUUACGAAGAGAUGUGAUGGCCCCUUUUCUUGUAGUUCGCGUAUAAUGCGUGCCUAGGGGUAGAAGCCGAGGUUGACAUACAAAUACUUUUUUACUUUCCGCUUAGAAUUGUUGAAAUCAAACGAGGUGAUGACAUGUGCCGUUUGCUCCUUUAUUACGAAUGCCAACGUGGUCUAUGCAAUUAAAGUCGUAAUU